UUCCUCAGAUCCACCAGGAGAAGCACACCGGAGACCGGGCUCCCUCAUCCUCUUCAGAUCCGUCCGAGCGCACGCCGCCGCCGACCGACCGCCGCCAUGAACUUCCUGCGUCGCCGCCUCUCCGACAGCAGCUUCAUCGCCAACCUUCCCAACGGCUACAUGACGGACCUUCAGAGGCCCGACCCUCCGCCUCCCCCUCCGCCCACAGCCACGGCCCCCACCGCCGGCCCCGGCCCUGCCACAGCGCUGGGCCCGGCCACCCCCACGACGCCCUCCAUCUCCCCGACCCCGGAGCGCCGGCACCAGCCCGUCCAGUCGGCGGGCUCUGGCUUCUUCAGCUCCAUCACGAACGUGGUGAAGCAGACGGCAGCCUCGGCCGGCCUGGUGGAGCAGACGGCCGUUCCCGCCGCCGCGUCCAAGAAGUUCAAGAUCCUGCUGGUCAUCGACGAGCCGCAGCACGAGUGGGCUAAAUUGUUCCGGGGAAAGAAAGUACAAGGGGACUAUGACAUCAAAGUGGAACAGGCUGAGUUCUCAGAGAUCAACCUGGUUUCCCAGGCCAAUGGGACCUGCAACGUGGACAUACAGGUGAUCAGGAGUGGAACCAGAGUGGUGAGGUCAUUCAAGCCGGACUUUGUUCUGGUACGACAGCACGCCUUCAGCAUGGCCCAGAACGAGGACUUCCGCAACAUGAUCAUCGGCCUGCAGUACGCUGGCAUCCCCAGUGUCAACUCACUGGAGUCCAUCUACAACCUCUGUGACAAACCCUGGGCGUUUGCCCAGCUGAUCAGCACCCAGAAGAAGCUCGGCCCUGACAAGUUUCCCCUCAUUGACCAGACCUUCUACCCAAACUACAAGGACAUGAUCUCCAUGCCCACGUUCCCCGUGGUGGUGAAGAUAGGACACGCCCAUUCCGGAAUGGGGAAGGUGAAGGUGGACAACCACAGUGACUUCCAGGACAUAGCCAGCGUGGUGGCUAUCACCCAGACCUACACCACCACGGAGCCCUUCGUGGACGCCAAGUAUGACAUCAGGGUACAGAGGAUUGGCAGCGACUACAAGGCCUACAUGCGAACCUCCAUCUCUGGUAACUGGAAGACCAACACGGGCUCUGCCAUGCUGGAACAAGUAGCCAUGACGGAUAAGUACAAGCUGUGGGUGGACACCUGUGCUGAUGUCUUUGGGGGUCUGGAUAUCUGUGCCGUCAAAGCCAUUUGUGGAAAGGAUGGGAAAGAUUACAUCACUGAGGUUGUGGGUUCAUCUAUGCAGCUGAUUGGAGAGCACCAAGCUGAGGAUAGGCAGCUAAUCUCAGACAUAGUCCUCACCAAAAUGAACAAGGCGCUACCAAGGACAGCUGCUCGCUCUCCUCAAAGACCCAUAGCAGGCUUGCCACAGAGCACUGCUCCAAAGGAAGGCCCAGUUGACCCCAGCAAGACUCCAGCCCAGCGGCCCCCACCACAAGGGGGCCCAGUGAGAACUCAGGAGUCCAUGUCUAAGAGUGGGGAGCCAUUAACAGAGCCAGCCCAGAAAGAACCAGUGCCAAAACCCUCUCCAGUUCAAAGGCCACCCCCAGUUCAAAGGCCACCCCCAGUUCAAAGGCCUUCCCCAGUGCCGAAACUAGCCCCAGCCCCAACUCCUGCUGUAGCCCCAACCCCGACUCCUGUUGUAGCAGCUGCCCCUGCAGCCGCUCCAACCCCUGACCCAGCACCGGCACCGGCACCGGCUCCAGCUCCAGUCCAAUCUCCUCUAGCUGCAGACCCAUUCCCCAUCCUAACCCCGACCGCAGCCCCAGCCCUAGUCUUGGCCCCAGUCUUGGUCCCAGUCCCAGCUCCAGCCCCAGUCCCUGUCCCAGCUCCAGCCCCCACCACAGAGCAGCCAAAGCCCCAGCCUCAGGUGUCCCCAGCACCUGCUCCCGGGAAGCCCACUGAGCUGCCUCCCAAGCCCCUGCCUCCCAAGCCGCUGCCUCCCAAACCUGUGCCUCCAGUACGCAGGAAUUCCAAACCACAAAUCCAGCCAAAGCCCCAGACCCCACCUCCCCCCAGAGCCAUGCCCAAACCUCAGCCAGAGGGCUCGGAUUCACCCCUAGUCCCAACCCAGGUGCAGUCUACAACAAAGGUCCAACUCCAGCCUCAAUCCCAAGCUAAAUUGCAGUCACCACUUAAAGCUCAGCCCCAGACUAAGGCACCGUCCCCAGAGCAAACCCCAGCCCCAGCCCCUGUCCCAGCCCCUGCCCCAGCCCCUGCCCCAGCCGAAGGGGAGCCCCCUGUUGAGGAGCAGCCUACAGCCCAACCGAAGACUCAUCCACUGCUCAACAAAUCCCAGUCCCUGACCAAUGCCUUCAAUGCCAUCAGUGACACCACUUUCUUCCGCUCGGGCAACGAGGACGAGGCCAAGGCAGAGACCAUCCGGAACCUGCGCAAGUCCUUCGUCAGCCUCUUCUCUGACUAACUGCAGCCCUGUUAAAUGCCUGGGGAUUGGGGCCGAUGAUGACAUGAUUGACAUGAGCGUGACCCAGUCUGAAAUUAACUGUGUGUUAACUUCCUGUAUACAUCCCGCCCUCCCCCACAGCUUCUCUGUCUCAGUGUCAGUGAAGCCCAGUUGAGUGUUAAUGUACAGUGAUGGUUCUGGCUCCGGGUGCCUCUGUCUAAGGCAAGGUGCCAUAGCCCUCGUCCAAAACCUUGACGUCUGUCCAUGUGAGAGGAGAAUGAUACUACCUUCCUAUGCAUGGCUCCAUCCCAGUGGUGGUUGUGGAGCGUGAGGGAUAUCAAUGUCGAGGCCAACCCCCAUCGCCUCUCUAGAUGUUGUAGCCUUAUUGUGACAGUGUCUGUUUUUCUCACGGCCAGAUAAGAGGCUGUGUCUGGUGACCCUUGUUUAAGCCCCCAUGUGCUGUGUGGACAUCUACAGUAGUGUGGUUUGUUCUUUCUUCUCGUCGAGACAUUGAGACAGUUUGUGCAAGAACACCUCAGUGUGACUGUGGACUACAGUCACUCCUAGAAGCAGUUACCUCUCUUUCUAUCCCUCUCCCCCUUUUAAAGAUACUGUUAACUGGUCAACCGUAACUGGUCAAUUUUCAACUAAGUUGUCGUGUUUCUCGAGAUGACUGCUUCCUGUGUGUGUAAAGAAAGCUGGGUGUCUAGCAGUUUCCAUCAUGUCAGCUUACCCAUGAAUGCCAUGUUGUUUGCAGUAAAUUCGGAAAUCUUGUAUUGUAUUUAUGUAUCUGUCAUCUCAGGAGUUUAUUUUGUUAUAGACAGUAUAUCUGGGUUUAUCUGUUUGGCUCCAUAUAGUUCAGUUUGUAUACUGCUUUGCAUGAUCCGGUGACUAAUGUUUUCUGUACAGAUGUCAAUAAAUAUGUGGCCCAUCGUCCCACUAAUU